AUGGCGACGUGGCGGCGGGACGGCCGGCUGACGGGCGGCCAGCGGCUGCUGUGCGCGGGCGUGGCGGGGGCGCUCAGCCUCAGCCUCACCGCGCCGCUCGAGCUCGCCACGGUGCUGGCCCAGGUCGGCGCCGCGCGGAGCCAGGCCCGGGGGCCGUGGGCCGCGGGGCUCCGGGUGUGGCGCGCCGAGGGGCCCCGGGCCCUGUGGAAGGGGAACGCGGUGGCGUGCCUGCGCCUCUUCCCCUGCAGCGCCGUGCAGCUCGCCGCCUACCGCAAGUUUGUCAUACUCUUCACGGAUGACCUGGGCCAUAUUUCCCAGUGGAGCUCCAUCAUGGCUGGGAGUCUUGCAGGCAUGGUUUCCACCAUUGUGAUGUACCCUACAGACCUCAUCAAAACCCGGUUGAUUGUGCAGAACUUGCUGGAACCAUCUUACAGAGGGAUCCUCCAUGCUUUUUCUACUGUUUAUCAACAGGAAGGGUUCCUAGCCCUGUAUCGAGGGGUUUCCCUUACUGUUCUAGGUGCUCUGCCCUUCUCUGCUGGCUCCCUUCUAGUUUACAUGAACCUGGAGAAACUCUGGAAUGGACCCCGAGAUCGGUUCUCACCCCUCCAGAACUUCGUCAAUGUCUGCCUGGCCGCUGCCGUAACCCAGACCCUCUCCUUUCCUUUCGACACAGUGAAGAGAAAGAUGCAGGCUCAGAGUCCACACCUUCCCCACCGUGGAGGAGUAGAUGUGCGUUUCUCAGGAGCGGCUGACUGCUUCCGGCAGAUAGUCAAAGCCCAGGGGGUCCUGGCGCUCUGGAAUGGACUGACGGCCAACUUGCUAAAGAUAGUUCCGUAUUUUGGAGUUAUGUUUGGCACCUUUGAGUUCUGCAAGAGGAUCUGCCUUUACCAAAAUGGUUACAUUGUGUCUCCUCUGAGUUAUAAAUUAACCCCUGGGGUAGAUCAGAGUUUGAAGCCCCAGGAAUUGCGGGAAUUUAAAAAGUUCUUCAAAACCGGACAGCUGAAGUCUAAAAAACCAACUCUCUAAAACUGACCGGAACAAGAAGUGCACUGACCGAAGGCGUGUUACAAUCAUAAAAACCUCGUAACUUAAAUCUGCGCAGAGUGACCAGAGGAAACUCCCGUCUGCCACUCUUGGAAAUGGGAAGAUUUCGCCACAUACCAGCUCCAAGCUCCAAACUCACGUCCUGGUGACCACCUGUGCCAUGGGAAAGCUUCCCAGCACGACCGUUGCAUGGUGGCACUCCACCAGAUAGCUCCACAAAACCCAGCAUUAACAAAACGUGCGAUUUACACUCUAUAAACAGGCAACUUACACAACACCAAAGAAAGGCAAUGGCCAUGACCUCCAAGUGAAACGUCGUUGAAGCGACUGAGCAUAUAGCACAUCAGGAGCUCUGGCCUCGCGCUGCUCCAUUCCACCCAAGUCUUCCCAGCACACUUGUUCUGAAACUCCUAAUGUUUGCUGACUUCUGAGUGUGCACGCUAUAGUGUAAAUUAUGCCUUAUUGGAAACUAAAUUAAAGGGGCACCUGGGUGGUGCGGUCAGUUAA